AUGGAAAAAGAAAGAAAAAUAAAACCGAGGUUCUUGGACCGAGAAGUCGACGUACUGAUAAACAAAGUCAAUGAAAAAUCGGACGUGCUGUUCUCAAAAUUUAGUGACACGAUUUCUAACAAGAAAAAGAAAUUGGCUUGGACGGAGGUUCAGAACUCGGUCAACGCUUCAUCACUUGUCCCAAGAACAGUGGACGAGAUUAAGAAAAAAUGGGACGACGUGAAGAGAGUAACAAAGAAGCGUGCUGUAGAAGUCAGAAAGGACCGCACUGUCACUGGAGGGGGACAGAAUGAGGCGGAUCCUCUUACACCAAUAGAGGAAAUGGUGGUCUCACUUAUUGGUGAAGAAAGAGUAUAUGGAUUGGCGGAUGGAAUGGAUUGUUUUGAGCUCCAGCAACUUCAUGAGGGAUCAGAGGCUGGCGAGGUGGAGAAAGCAUUACAUCAGGGAGAAAUAUGUGGUGAGGGUACAAGUAGUAGCCCAUUACCAGACACCAGUAAACUGAGUAACGAAACUAGAACAACACCAAACAGAUGCAGUAAUGUCAAGGGUCGUGUCACAGCUGACAAAGGCGAGAAAGAGAGCACACAAUCAGAACUUCUGAGUAUUGAGAAGGAGCGAUUACAGAUAGAAAAGCAGAGAUUGAAACUCGAGGAAGAUAGGUAUUUGCUAGAAAAAGAACGCUUGCAGGAACUGAGGAAGAUAUCCCACAUCCUUCAAGACAUGGCGAACAAGACUAGUAAAGGCAAUUCUCAGACCCAGGAAUACAUGCCCCAAGAUUACAGCUACCUGUAUGCCUCAUUAACCUAAUAAAUGACUCAGAUUGUAACAACAAA